AUGCAGCUUUAUUUCGAAUAUGUAAAUGCACAAUUUCCUGUCCUUCAUCUUCCAACAUUUCAACCAUCUCCGAAGUCCUGGAUGUUAGUUUUGGCAGUUGUGGCAGUUGGCUGUUCUCAUUCUGCCAUCAGAAACCAGCACGAAUUCGCAGGACAUUGUAUUGAUGGCGAUCUCGUUUUUGGGCAAACCGUGCUUCUACAUCAGCUAUUAAUGGUGUUUAGUGGUACUACUCGAGCAAGCCUGAAGUCACAAAGCAUGAAAAGUAUAUUAGUAACAGUGUUCCAGCCGUUCAAUUCCGGCGAUGGUUCACUUUUUCAUAGAACCAGGACUCCCUCCUCUGCAGAAGGGAGCUGGGCGGAGUGGGUUGAGCAUGAGUCGUGGAACAGGCUUAUGUACUUUACUUGUUACAUAGAGUGCUUGCAGUAUGUUAUCUGGGAGCUCUCCCCAGUGAUUUCAAGUCAAGACAUUCGUUCCCCAAUUCCGGGGGAUGAAGCGAGAUGGGGCUCAGCUACAGCGGACCAGUGGGACCAGGAAACGCAGCGGCUGCAUGAUUCGCCUAGCAACUUUCCUCUCUUCGAUCUACUCAACAAAAGCACCACCGUACAAGAAACAAUAGAAAGGCUACAAGGCUCCGCUCGCCUCGUUGCAAUGACUUCAGUCUAUGUGGAGGAGAAGAGACUAUUAGAAGAAAGACACUCUUGGCUUUUUUGUGGUUUACAAUCUUCCGCGGUUGGGCAAGGUCAACAGUCCACUGGAACGUCAACAUCAGACCAGCUUAUGAGACGGCAACUCGACCAAAAGUUUGAACUCUUCGAAGGCCAACGGGACCCUUAUGCUAACACCAUCCCUUUGGCUUUAACUCACUUGAAGACCUACCAUCUGCUAUCGCUCUUAAGGCGUGUGCCAUUGAGGUUUCUCUACAUGUAUUUCGGCUGGAUGACGACCCGACGAGGAACUCAAACUGCCAAGGAAGAACUCUCACGGGUCAUCAUGAAAGACAAUCAAGGCGCCCGGGGGGCACUACGACACUCGGCGAUUCUUUUCAGAAUAAUACGUACGCAGACUACGACGACAUUUUUUGACCCUCACUCGCUGCUUAUCGCCUCGCUUUACAUACGAGUGUAUGUGGAGCUGGAAGAUACCCUAUCGAAAGAGAUCUCAUCUAACGUCGGACCUUCGUCGUCAAUCGGUCGGCCUCUCCGCAUCGACCAGGAUGUGGAGGCGGAUUCGUUACACCAGUGGAUUAGACUAGGUACAAGGGUUCCCUUACAUAUUGCUGGCGUUGGGAUCCUCGAUGGGGUCGAAAGCGGUACAAGGGUUUUGAAGGAGGCCAUACGAAUUCUGGAGCGGAGGACAGAAUGGAAAGUGCUAAACAUAUCGAUGAUCAAGGUUCUUCAGCAAGUAAUAGAUGGUAUACCACCAACCAUCGAUGCUUAG